UCAGUUGCUGCCACUCUGAAAAGUGCACAAUGCAUUUAUGUAUAAGCUCGAUAAUAUGGUGGUCAAAACAAAUCAGACGCUUACAUAUUCUGCACUAAAUUAAUUUAGUGUAGAAGAUUUAAUUUAUUGCAAAAUCAGGCCCAACGUUAAUUUUUUUACGUAUUUAUUUCAUACAUAAAUAUUGUGAUAAAUUGCUCUUGUGAUAAAAACGUUACAAAUAUAAAUGUUUUAAGCAGGAAGUAGAAUUAAAAUUUCUUAAGAAUCAAAAAAUAUUAAUUCUUUCGUGUAAAUGCGACGAAUGUGAAAAAGUUCUUUCUAAAAACUCUAUUUUUGGUCAAGUGAAAUAAGUCUGACACAGCUUUGGCGCUGAUUUAAUUGCAAAUUUUAGUUUGGAAACGACUCCAAAUUUUAAAAAAAUCUGAAUUAUGGGAUUUUUCUCUAUCGUGUUAAUAAUACUUUUCAGUGGUGUAAAAGUUGUCAAUUCACAGAUGAUGAACUGUGUAAAUCCGCCCCCCACGGUACUUACGGCUCCGUCGGGUAACAUAACCCAGCCCCCGUUCCCCUCUCCCGUGUGGAACGGGACAAUUUGUGGGGAUUUUUUCUGGACGAUUCAAGCCCCCGGAGAAUGUGACACGAUUACUUGGACGAUGGACAGCUAUUCUCUGGUCGCAGGUCUCGACAGGGUGGAGGUUUAUGACGGGACUUAUCCAGGUGGAACUAAUCUGGGACGAUGGCAGGGUCAACUGCAAGCGUCGGAUCCUGCAAAACCGGUCGUAACUUCGACGGGAAAUAUAAUGACGGUCUGGUUUAACACGACGGCGUAUCCAGGGGGCUCGAUUAACUUCGCAUCGCAUUAUCAAAUAAAUUCAAUCCCAUGCACCUCAAACUCCACAACGUGUCAAUUAACCAACCGAACCAAGUGCAAGUUGCGGCUGGGCAAGUAUAAAUCGGUGAUCGGGACUUGGCCAUACUUCAAGCUUGUUUGGUUUUGCAUCGAUUUCACGAAAAAAAACAAGAGGAAAUUCAUCUGUGAUCAAAAACUUCCAAUUUCCAAGUUACCAUUGAUUAUCGUCUUGAUUAAAAAAUUCAUGGCGUGGACGGCGGACAGUGGACGCGUUAAAAUUUUAUGAUUUUUUUAAUUUAAAAUUUUAAGUUUUUUAAAAAAUUCACUAACAUUGUGUGAUAUUAUAUUUCAAUGUUUUAACAAAUAAAUAAGUAGAGUCGCUAAAUUUU